AUGGUCAGUCAGUGGUCGUGGUUUAGAAAUCCUGGCAAUAUGCGGUCAUCGGCUGGUCUUCUGCUACUUCUGGGACUGCAGCUCUUUAUCUCGGUCCCAGUCGAUGCCAAUGACUUUUCCUCCUUUCUAAGUGCCAAUGCUUCGCUGGCCGUUGUGGUAGAUCACGAGUACAUGACCAUGCAUGGUCAGAACAUAAUGUCCCAUUUUGAGAAAAUCCUUAGCGAUAUUAUAAGGGAGAAUCUGAAGAACGGCGGUAUUAAUGUCAAAUAUUACACCUGGAGCUCGGUGCGUUUGAAAAAGGAUUUUUUGGCCGCAAUUACGGUUACGGAUUGCGAAAAUACUUGGAACUUUUACAAGAACACACAGGAAAAUUCGAUUCUAUUGAUCGCCAUCACAGAUUCCGACUGUCCUCGACUGCCUUUGAAUCGUGCUCUUAUGAUUCCCAUCGUUGAACACGGCGAUGAGUUUCCUCAAGUUAUUCUGGAUGCUAAGGUCCAGCAGAUUCUCAACUGGAAGACAGCUGUGGUCUUUGUUGAUCAAACCAUAUUGGAUGAAAAUUCGGUACUGGUGAAAUCAAUUGUACACGAAAGUACCACCAACCACAUCACUCCAAUCUCUCUGAUCCUCUACAAAAUCAAUGAUACUCUAAGGGGCCAACAGAAGCGAGCUGCACUGCGUCAAGCUCUGGCCCAAUUCGCUCCUACCAAACACGAAGAGAUGAGUCAGCAGUUUCUAGUAGUAUCCGCCUUCCACGAGGACAUUAUCGAAAUAGCUGAGACCCUUAACAUGUUUCAUGUGGGAAACCAGUGGAUGUUCUUUGUAUUAGACAAGGUUAGACGGGAUUUCGACGCCGGCACGGUGACCAUGAAUUUGGACGAAGGAGCCAACAUAGCCUUUGCCCUUAAUGAAACCCUGCCUGACUGCCAGGACACUCUGAACUGCACUAUCUCGGAGGUAAGUCUCGCUCUGGUGACCUCUAUUUCCAAGAUGACCAUCGAGGAGGAGUCCAUAUACGGUGAGAUCUCAGAUGAGGAGUGGGAGUCCAUUCGAUUUACCAAGCAUGAGAAGCAAGCUGAGAUCCUCGAGUAUAUGAAGGACUACCUGAAGGCGAACGCCAGAUGCUCUAGCUGCGCAAGAUGGCGUGUAGAGACGGCCAUUACUUGGGGCAAAAGUCAGGAGAAUCGCAAGUUUCGGACAGCUCCCACCCGUGAUGCCAAGAACCGAAACUUUGAAUUUAUCAACAUUGGCUACUGGAGUCCCUUACUAGGAUUCGUCUGUCAGGAACUGGCAUUUCCCCACAUUGAGCACCAUUUUCGCAACAUCACCAUGGACAUUGUUACCAUACAUAAUCCACCCUGGCAAAUCCUUACCAAAAACAGCCAUGGCGUCAUCGUAAAACAUUCGGGCAUAGUAAUGGAGAUCAUUAAGGAGCUCAGUCGAGCCCUGAAUUUCAGUUACUACCUUCAUGAAGCCUCCACGUACAAGGAAGACUAUUCACUUAGCUCAUCAACAAAUACCAAUGAAAGCGAUGAACUGGCGGGCUCAAUGACUUUUCAGAUACCCUACCGGGUGGUGGAGAUGGUACAAGGUAAUCAGUUCUUUAUUGCUGCUGUGGCAGCCACCGUGGAGGAUCCCGACCAGAAGCCGUUCAACUACACCCUACCUAUCAGCGUGCAGAAGUAUUCCUUUAUCACUCGUAGGCCGGAUGAAGUAUCCCGCAUUUAUCUCUUCACGGCUCCCUUCACCUUGGAAACUUGGCUUUGCCUGAUGGGCAUCAUCUUGCUGACUGCUCCUAUGCUGUACGCCAUCAAUCGACUUGCUCCUCUAAAGGAGAUGCGAAUCAGAGGCCUGUCCACAAUGAAAAGCUGUUUUUGGUACAUAUUUGGCGCUUUGUUGCAACAAGGAGGCAUGUACUUGCCAACAGCAGACAGUGGCCGGCUGGUGGUGGGCUUCUGGUGGCUCGUAGUAAUUGUGCUGGUGACCACGUACUGCGGCAACCUGGUAGCUUUCCUCACGUUCCCAAAGUUCCAACCCGGUGUGGACUACCUCAACCAGCUGGAGCGUCACAAGGAUAUAUCAGAGUAUGGCCUACGUAAUGGUACCUUCUUCGAGCGCUAUGUGCAGGCAACGACCAGAGAGGACUUUAAGCAAUUCAUGACCCGAGCCCGGAUAUACGGAACUGGCCAGGAAGAGGACAUCGAGGCAGUAAAACGAGGCCAACGCAUCAACAUUGACUGGCGGAUCAAUUUACAACUGAUUGUGCAGAAACACUUCGAACGGGACAAGGAGUGUUAUUUCGCUUUGGGCAAGGAGAGCUUUGUAGAUGAGCAGAUUGCAAUGAUUGUGCCGGCUGAGAGCGCGUAUCUGCACUUGGUGAAUCGUCACAUCAACAGCAUGUUUCGUAUGGGCUUCAUCGAACGCUGGCACCAGAUGAACCUGCCCAGUACGAACAAGUGCAGCGGGAAAGGUGCCCAGCGACAGGUUACCAACCACAAAGUGAACAUGGACGACAUGCAAGGAUGCUUCUUGGUCCUGUUACUCGGCUUCACUGCAGCAUUUAUAAUGGGUUGCUUCGAGUUCUGGUUCCGCCGUUUUAGAGCCAAUCGAAAACGACGGAAAUUUACCAACUGACAAUUCACCCUUGAAAAUGUUUAAAGCAGUUGCUGUAGUGUGGAGUUGAUGAGCUCAAAGAAUAUAGCUACUUUGCAGUAGCUUCCCUUUUGCAGUAUUUAAAAUAAACUUAUUUCAAUCGAAUGGUUUCCUACAAAUUUGAAAUAAACAUUUAAUAUAGCUAUGAAACACCUAAUAGAUUUAUAUUGCCAAACUACUUGUUUAAACUUGUGUAACCUUACGUUAAUAUAGGUCUAAAUAUUUCGCAUUGAACACUAGAUCAAACUCAAUCCGGACAGGUCCGACAGGCCCGCAAAGUAAUCAACAGGUUUUCAAAUAUUUGAAGACAAUCUUCUAAGUAAUACUUUUUAGUAAGUCAAACUAUUAAAAUAUAACUAACUAUUGAUCCAUAGACUUUUCCGGGAUUCACUUUAGUUCUUACUCAAA